AUGGAGCUGCUUCAGAUCGAGAAGGAGCUCAAGGACGAAGCUUGUAGAGAAUCCCUUAGAGUUGCCAAUGAGGAGCGCAAGAAGCUCAAGGCCGAAGCUGCGCAGAUUAGGGCUCCGGAGCGCAAGAUCCUAUUUGAUGGUCACAAUGGAACUGCUGUUGCUAUUUAUGCCAAGGAGAAUAUUCUAAACAACAUUUUAAGUGUAAUUCCUUCAGAUCUUAACAGAGAUGAGUGGAUAGCAGCAUUGCCCAGGGCUUUGGUUGCAGGAUUUGUGAAAACUGACAAAGAAUUUCAACAGAAAGGUAUAUUGACUAUCUUUUUUUGGGAGAUUAUGUUGAUAGAGGACAGCACAGCUUGGAAACCAUUACCUUGCUGCUUGCACCUAAGAUUGAGUAUCCUGAGAAUGUUCACCUGAUACGUGGUAACCAUGAAACUGCUGACAUAAAUGCACUA